AUGCGCGAGUUUAUGGACUAUGUCCACAGCGCCUUUUACGAAGCCACCGGCUGGUCCCGCGACAAUUCGUACGCGGCGCUGAAUUCCACGAGCGAUGCUCUCUUAAACUUUCCGACGCCGCGCGGCUUGCGCCUCACCCUCUCCGCCCUCGCGAGCCCCAACUUUGCUACGUCCUACCAGCUGGGCUCCGUCGGCGUCGUCGACGGUUCCAUCUCGUACCUCUUCUCCUCGGUACCGCUGCGCGUGCUUCUCACACCCCAAUCCGAAAAGGUCCCGCUGCCUACGCUACUGCGCUCCUACCGACCCCUCACACCGCUGACGACCACCGAGCCGCCGCUGCUCCAACCCCUGCAGGCGAGCAGCAGCCGCGACGGAAGCCAACCGCAGGCAUCGCUAUUCUACGGACGGCUCUACCUGCCGCAGUCGCAGCUCGAGGCGCUCGUGGUGAAGCGGCUCUCGCAGCACCUGCAGGUGCAGUUUAGCGCCGUGUCGGGCCAGUACCUGCGCAACGGCGGCACGACGCUUGGUCUUGCGCAGUACGACGUGGGGAAAUACGCCAUCGAGGGCCUGGCAUCGUCCGACGGAGGCCUGCUCGGCCUGCGUGGGAUAUACAACUUUGGCGGCGAUGCGGAACAACAGCCACAGGCGAGAGCUGUUGCGGUGGACGGGGCGCCGGCGGCGAUCGUAACCAGCAAGACGACGACGACGAUGCCGCCGCCGCCGCCCAACGACAAGGAGCGCAUUUACGGACGUUUCAGCACCGGCGCCGAGAUUUACUACGGCACGCUCAACAAGUCGGGCGGCAUCAGCCUGGCGACGCGCUUUGCGACGCUGCCGUCGCACAAGGGCACGCCGCUGGCGGCGACGCUCACGCUCAACCCGCUCAUGGGCAGCAUCGGCGCGAGCUACUCGGUCGUCGCGGGCCAGCACUGCAGCCUGGCGACGCGCAUGGAGUUCAACGUCUUUAGCUACGAGAGCGCCUGGGCCGUCGGCAUGGAGCUCUGGCGCAAGCCGUUUGCGCGGCCCCCUCCCUCCUCGGACACGAUUGCCCUAUCUCCUCUUCGGCCGCGAGAACGCAGCUUCAGAGCAAAGAUGGAGUGGCGCUUGGACGACAGUCCCGAGAAGCUGCUGGCCGACUUGGCAGAUGGGAAGAAUGUGGCGGAGAGCAGCAGCAGCAGCAGCAGCCGCAGCACCACCUCCGCGACAGGCGUACAGGCCCAGAGUCAAGAGGCAGAGGCUCCCGCGGGUAAUAACAACGACAAUACCGAGCUUCCCCGGCAGCCUGGGUGCAAGGAAACAGAGGAGGAAGAGUACGCGGGGGUGCUCAAGGCGCGCCUCGACCAGAACCUGCGCAUCGGACUACUGUGGGAGGGCCGCGUCAAGUCGCUGCUGUUUAGCCUAGGAAGCGGCAUUGACCUCCGCCACACGGACAAGCCGUUUCGCACGCUGGGGCUGGAAAUCCAGUUCUCAUCCUGA